UUUGGUAUCUCUUUUACCGUUUCUUCUUAAACAAACAAAUCAAAUCCAAAAGCAAAACGAAACAAAAGAUAAUAUUGAACACAUCCUCCUCUCUCUCUGCUGUCUCUGUAAUCAAACAAACAAACAAAAAGCCACCGAUUCGAUUCUCGCCGGAAAGAUCAUCAUCUUAGAAUGGGGUUUGUUGUCAAGUCUUUCAAGGAUCAAUUCUCCUCUGAUGAGCGAUUGAAGGAGUCGAGGAACAUCAUUGCGAAAUAUCCAGAUAGAGUUCCGGUGAUCAUUGAGAAGUAUUCAAACGCGGAUCUCCCAGACAUGGAGAAGAACAAAUACUUGGUCCCACGAGACAUGACUGUUGGACAUUUCAUCCAUAUGCUUAGCCAAAGGAUGCAGUUAGAUCCAUCCAAGGCUCUCUUUGUUUUUGUACACAACACUCUUCCUCAAACCGCUAGUCGCAUGGACUCUCUCUACAAUACUUUCAAGGAGGAUGAUGGGUUCUUGUACAUGUGUUACAGCACCGAGAAAACUUUCGGCUAACCAAAAAGAUUUGCCGCUUCUAAUUAUGUUUGUGAAGCGUGCACUCUCAAUAAUCCCAUUUGUUUCAUUCUUAUGUUUGUGAAUAAUAAUAAUGUCAGCUGUUCUUCUUGUUGUUGUUAUUAUUGUUCUUAGCUGACAUUGUACAGAAAAAGCUAUAAAAAAAUGCAUUUGACUUUGUAAAUCAUGUAACACAAAUGGCAGUAAUAAUAAGACAAUGUGUAUGAUUCACACACGAAACCCA